UUUAUUACCAAUGGUGUGGUAAAAAAGAAUGCUCUCUAUUGGGAAAAACUUAAAGGACAUACUAAACUCUAUGAGAGACAUUUUCUUUCAUCUUAAAGGUUGAUUAUGUAUGUAUUAUGAGAAACAACUCUAAUAUUAAAUUAUAUGGUUUAAUUAAGUAAUGGAUGACAAUUAGUUAUAUUUAUUUCUUUUUUUAUUCAAUAAUUAUAAGUAAUGCUUAUAUUAUAUUUUUCUCUUUUCAUGGAGGUCUAGACAUAUUAUGCGUAGCUGGAUUACUUUAAAAAUGUUACGUGGAUAACUAAGUUAGAAAACAAUCAUUUUGUGAAUUUCAAAUCCUCUAUUAUAUAUCCAUUAUUAUAUAUCAUAUUUCUCGAUAAAAUUCGUCCGGCCAACGGGCCGGGUUCUGUGCUAGUACAUGGGAUGGAUAAUGGAACGUUUGCUUAGUUUGCUCUAGUGCAUAAUAUUUCUUGUUUAGUUUAACAUAUAGCUAGUUUAUAUGGGGAAAUACGAACAUAAGCUAGCUUCUGAAUGGUGUUGGGCUGUGAACGGCCCGAAACACUAGAAGCCCAACUACCCGAGGGACGGCCCAAACUCAUUCUGCGGAGAAACGGUAACGCGCUCUUCUUACCUUUCUAACGGCUACAAAAUUCCAAACUGUAAAAAUCCCUUUUAGGAGCGCUUCCCUCCCCGUACGGUAAUAGAGAUUAUAGCCGUUAGAUGCAUUCAAAUCCAACGGCUUACAAGGGGACAAGAAUUCGACCGUUGUGAGAGAAAGGCCCCCCCGCUCGUCCUCGCUUCAUAAGGAAGCCUCUUACUUACCACAGUGGCUCCUCUUGUCGUCUAUACAUUCUCUCUCGAAAAGUUUCACAAUUUCCCAGAGAGCAAAAUCCGAUUUACAGAGAGAGAAACUAGAAAGAGAAACAGAGGGUUGUGAAUCGGAGAUAAGAGAGGGUGGCGACGACGGUGGUUGCCGAGGAGAUAGGCGGAGGAGAAGGCGAGACUACCCGUACCGGUCUUCUCCCCGGAUUUAUUUCGUCCCUGUUUGCCAGAGUCUUCCGAACGAAUCAAGAAGAAGUAGAAGAGGAAGGAAAAAGAUCGAAGGUGAUGGAUGCCAGAGCAGAACAAGUCGUUGAUGGAGAAAUGAAGCAGAGGAACGCAAGAAACAGGAGAGUUCUUCAAGAUAUUGGAAACUUGGUGAUUGAUGGCGGAGAUCAAGGGAAGAAGAAGGCAGUUGCUGGCCGUGGAGUGCCGCGUGCAGCAGGAGCAGCAACGAAAAAGGAAGCUGAGAAGAAGCAGCCACCACCACACGAGGUCAUCGUCAUAAGUUCUGAUGACGAAAGUGAGAAGAAGCCUGCUGCUAAACCUGUUACCAAAAGGGUUACAACAAGAAAGGAUAUCAAAACUGUCACCGCAAUCCUCACUGCUCGAAGCAAGGCUGCUUGUGGAAUCAAGAACAGGCCACAAAAUCUGGUGGCAGAUAUAGAUACUGCGGAUGUGAACAACCAUCUCGCUGUUGUGGAGUAUGUUGAUGAUCUCUACAAUUACUACAAGCUAGCAGAAGUUGACAGUAUAGUUCAUGAUUACAUGGACACCCAGCCAGAGAUUAAUGCAAAAAUGAGAUCAAUUCUGGUAGACUGGUUGAUCGAAGUUCACAGGAAAUUUGAGCUGAUGCCUGAAACUCUGUACCUCACGUUGAACAUUGUGGACCGCUUCCUGGCGGUGAAAGUUGUGGCGAGGCGGGAGCUUCAGUUGGUUGGCAUGAGCGCAAUGCUGAUUGCUUGCAAGUACGAGGAGAUAUGGGCACCACAGGUGGAAGAUUUCGUUUGCAUAUCAGACAAAGCAUACAAUGGAGCACAAGUGCUGUUGAUGGAGAAAGUAAUACUGCAGAGGCUGGAAUGGUACCUGACUAUUCCUACGCCAUAUGUGUUCUUGGUCAGAUAUAUCAAGGCUUCUCUCCCAUUGGACACUAUGACAGAGCAGAUGAGUUUUUACCUGGCAGAGCUGGGGCUGGUGCAUUAUUCAGUAGCUGUCUUCUACAGUCCGUCCGUGAUUGCUGCUUCAGCUGUGUAUGCUGCUCGGUGCACCCUCAACAAAACUCCAUUCUGGGACGAGACUCUGAAACACCACACUGGCUACAAGGAAGAGCAACUGCUGCAAUGUGCAAAGAAUCUGGCUAAACUGCAUUCAGCUGCAGCUGGAGAGUGUAAGCAGUUGCAGGCUGUCCAAAACAAGUUUAAAGAAGCAGGACGUGGAAGGGUGGCUCUCUUUCCUCCUGCCAAAGUGCUGCUCAUUGAUCAAGCCUUGGAUUAGAUGAUGGUGAUGGAGGGAUCAUUUCUAAAUGGUGAUCGGUAGUAGUUUGAAUCCUGUUCGGAUUGUUUGUUUCUUUUUAGGCAAGGAGUGCGUGCAACUCGGAUGUAUUCCUCCACUAGAAUGAUGUUAUUGCUUUCACCGCUGGGGUGCGUACAACUCGGAUUUUAUGGCUUCAUUGCUAAAUGAAGUUAAUGUGUGCAGAUAAAUCUGAUGAUUGCUUUCUAUAAAAUCAUCUGAUUCUA